AUGUGGUUCAUCCAAAAGUAUUUGUUUGCCACACCUUUCAUAGGAUUCUCUGGUGUUACUUUCGGAAGGCGAUUCACAUUUAAGCCUCUUGCUCCAGCUUACAAAAGCUUCAGUCAACAUACACAAACAAACAAACAAACAAACAAUAUGGAUUUGAAUCAAAUUCUUCUCAUCGUCCUCGCGAUCUUCCUGCCUCCUGUAGCAGUUCUCAUGCAUGAAGGCUGCAAUGGAACCUUUGCGCUAAACUGUCUGUUCUGUCUCCUGGCCUGGCUUCCUGGAAUCGUACACGCAUUGUACGUCAUUACGCAAGGCGGAGGCUACCAGAGAAUGUAAGAAGCGAGUCCACCUUCCAAAAUAAAUAAAUAAGAACAAUUGUCAACGCCGCUCUCGUUGUCUCUAUGCCUUACUCUCUGCC